ACCCACACAUUAAACAAAACAAAAGCAAUACUCUACGUUCGAAACCGUUUGUUCAAGCACAAACUCUGCUGCUGUUUUAUUAUCUUACAUUCAAUUAAUGUUCCUAGAUUCAGUGUAAAUCUGUAAAAGCCAGGGUUGAGAUAACGUCAUUGUCCGCACCCUGUAGGUUUCCUCAGCUCUCAAAACCGAAAGGAGGAUCUGCUCGUGCUCCGGAUCGAUGCAAACAUAAUAACAGGUUACCCGGCAUCAUGAGUCAGCGGACGGAGCGUCGGGGCGGGAUUCACGUCGACCAAUCGGACCUGCUGUGCAAAAAUGGAUGCGGUUACUACGGCAACGCGGCGUGGCAGGCUCUGUGCUCCAAGUGCUGGAGAGAGGAAUAUCAGAAGGUCCGCCAUCAACAGAUCCAGGACGACUGGGCGCUGGCAGCGAAGUUGCAGCGUGAGGAGGAGGCAGCGUACGCCAGCAGUCAUGGAUCUCAGACUCAGCCCCCCCCUCAGUCCACAAACCCCCAGCCGGGACACGCCUCUCUGGGACCCUUCUCCAAGUUUGAGGAGAAGAAGACCAACGAGAAAACACGAAAAGUGACCACCGUUAAGAAGUUCUUCAGCCCUUCGUCUCGCUCUGCUCCCAAGAAAGAAACCCAAGAGGGAAAGACUCCCAGUCCGUCUCUGAGCCGCCGAGCGAGCUUUGAUACCGACCAGGUGUCCAAAGACUUUAUGGACUUCUUGAAGAACCUCCAUAAACCCGGCAGAGAAAUCCACAAACAGUGCCGAGCCUUCAUCGUCACCAUGUCCAGCAAGAAAGUCCAG